AUGCACGAAAUUGGCCAUGCUCUUGGGCUGAGCCACAGUGGUGUCAAUACAGCUAUUAUGUAUCUUUGGUAUCAAGCGAGUCCAGCAUUAUUCGAUAUAGAUGAUAAGAUGACAAUAGAAUAUUUGUAUGGGCAGAAAACUGAAAACUAUCAACCAACAACAACCUCGACAACGCAGACAACCGAAUCCCAAAAACCAAUAUCCCAGCAUACCUCUACCACAGCUUCAUCAGUGCCAUCAAAUGAACCCCAUAACAUAGACGUUACUAGCACAACCUCAAAGCCUCAGAUAACUCCAACAAAAUUAUGCGAAAUUCAAGUGCCAGACUUUAUGUUUCUAGCCACAGCACCCCAGUUUCAAAAUUAUCGCAUGUACGUGGGAUACAAUAGAUUUUUGUGGAAGAUCGAUUUGAACGAUAUGCGAAUUCCAUCACAGCCAGAGCUGCUUGAUGAUUAUCUCCCUGAAAAUCUAAAGGAUUCUAGAGUUUCUCAUGUCUUCCAAAAUUCUGGAAGUGAUCUAGUGACAUUGAUAAACGAUAGCGUGUAUUAUGCAGCAUCUUUUCCGAAUUUUCGAAUCCACCAAAACUUUAAUUUUCCUUUGCCUUCUGGAGCAAAAAUUAAUGCUGUCUACCAGACAAACAGUGGACAGGCUUAUUUGUUAUAUAACAACGAUUCUUACAUUGCAUUCGAUGCUUCCCAGGAAUUCCUGCAGGCAAAAUAUCAGCUUUUCGUUAUAUCGACGAGAAUAUAA